AUGCUGUCUAAUUUUGCGGUUCUCAUUUCUCUAGUCUCAAUUAUCGUCGCAUCGCCAUUCAUGCCACACGGCAUGAGCUUGCAUGAGAAGCGCGAUGCGCCCCCGCAUGGUUUCGUUCCAAAUGGGGUUGCACCUCCCAAUCAUAGUCUGAGUCUACGUCUGUCACUCGUACAGACCGAUCCGAAGGGUCUCGAGGAUAUGCUUUACGCCGUGAGCACGCCUGAUAGUGUAUCAUACGGCCAAUUUCUCUCUCAAAGCGAGGUCAAAAAGUUCGUCGCACCCUCACCAGAUAGUAUCAAGCAGGUUGCAGACUGGCUUGCCGGUUACGGUCUGGAAGCGACUCCCGUAUCUCCCGCCGGAGAUUGGCUUCAAAUUGAUGUAACUAUUGAACAAGCCAACACUAUGCUCCAUGCGAAUUUCCGCACAUUCAAGGACGAAGGCACAGGCCAAGAGGUAGUGCGCACACUCAACUAUUCUCUACCUGUAGCACUGCGUGGCCAUCUUGAUUUUAUUCACCCAACAAUCACGUUCCCGACUCAGCUGUAUGGGCCGCCGCUGUUGGUCCCAGUGCCAAUGGAUGGAGCAGAGACUGUAAUGACUAGCCCCUCACGCAACUCUAUACCAGCAUCAUGUGCGACGAAGAUUACUCCCGCUUGCCUUCAAGCCCUCUAUGGGAUUCCAACCACGCGUGCCACUCAGUCCUCGAAUAAAAUGGGCGUGGCGAGCUUCCUAAACCAGAACGCGAAUAAUGCUGACCUUCGGACAUUUUUGAACAAGUUUAGGCCUGAUCUUCCCAGUAAUACGACCUUCCAACUAGAGACACUGGACGGUGGUAUGAACGACCAAAAGUCCGAAAAGGCAGGAAUCGAAGCUAACUUAGAUGUGCAGUAUACGAUUGGCCUCGCGUCCGAUGUACCGAACAUCUUCAUCUCUGUUGGUGACCAAACCAACGAUGGCGCUCUAUUCGGAUUCCUGGACAUCAUUAACUUUCUCCUUGAACAAGAAAACCCUCCGCACGUCUUGACCACAUCCUACGGUUCAGAUGAGGUCGGAGUGUCUAGGGCUCUGGCGAACAAAUUAUGCUACGCAUACGCACAACUUGGCGCUCGUGGUACUUCAAUUCUUUUCUCGUCUGGUGACGGUGGUGUUGCCGGUGCUCGACCACAGCAAUGUACGGCUUUUGUGCCGACAUUCCCAUCGGGUUGCCCAUUUAUCACAACUGUCGGUGCUACUGAGUCUAUCCCAGAAACGGCGGCGGCGCUCUCAUCGGGUGGGUUUUCGAACAUUUUUGAACAGCCGGCAUAUCAAGCUGCCGCGGUAUCGAAAUAUCUCGCGCAACUCGGUCGCAUGAACGCUGGUUUGUUCAACCCCAAGGGACGUGCAUUCCCCGACGUCGCAGCUAUCGGCCAAAGAGUCGAGAUCAUAGACGCAGGAGGUUCCGUCCUCGUCGCUGGCACGAGCUGUUCUAGCCCUAUCUUCGCAAGCGUCAUUUCCCUCUUGAACGACGAGCUCAUCAGUGCUGGACGAAGCCCGCUUGGAUUCUUGAAUCCAUUUCUAUACUCCGAAGUUGGUUCCAACCCGGGGUGCGAUACGAAUGGUUUUCCCGCGUUGGUAGGGUGGGAUCCGGUCACUGGGCUCGGAUCGCCUAACUAUGCAGCACUGAGAACAGCGAUUGGGCUCUGA